AUGGCGGCGCUGCGCCCGGACCACGUGACCUCUGCGUUCCUCCGCAAACCUUCCCUCAACCGAGUCAUUCUGCUUCUUGUGGUCCAGCUCAAGCCUGAACAGGAAGAAGCACCCCGACUCUUGCUCAACUUCGCCGAGUUCUUAAAGAAGUGCUCCGAGAGCUGGAAGGCCAUGUCUGCAAAGGAAAAGUGGCAGUUUGAAGACCUGGCCAAGAUCGACAAAGCUCCUUAUGACAGGGAGAUUUACAUUCCUCCUACUGCAUGAAAAAGGGAUGAAAAAGGGAAGAAAAAAGAUCCUAAUGCUCCAAAAAGACCACUGUCUGCCUUCUUCCUGUUUUGCUCUGAACAUCGCCCAAAGAUCAAAAGUGAGUACCCGGGCCUGUCUGUUGGAGAUACUACAGAAAAGCUGGGUGAGAUGUGGUCUGAACAAUCUGCCAAAGAUAAACCACCGUGUGAGCAGAAGGCGGCUAAACUAAAGGAGAAGUGUGAAAAGGGUAUUGCUGCAUACCGAGCUAAGGGUAAAAGCGAAGCAGGAAAGAAGGGACCUGGGAGGCCAACAGGUUCAAAGAAGAAUGGACCGGAAGAUGAGGAGGAGGAGGACAAGGAAGGAGAUGAUGAAGAUGAGGAGGAAGAAGAUGAGGAUGAAGAAUAA